UCUCGCGAGAGAAAGUGAGAUUAAAGAUGGCGGCGCCCUGUUGUUUCUUUCCUAGGUUUUCGAAACUUUGCUGAUUAAACAAUCUAACAAAACUCCUUCAGUCGUAUUUCUUGAAACCGAAGGAAGCUGAGAAAUUUCCGGACAGUCGCUUUCCAGAUUAUAUAAUGUCGGACAAAUGCAAAUCCGAAGACUGCACUAGAUCUAAGACACGAGAAGAAGCUUCAUGUACAGACACGAGGAAUGUAAACAGAAGCCAGGAUGUACAGGAUUCUGAGGAAGCAUUCGAGACAUCUGAAAAGGCUACAUGUGCAAUCAGGAUUUCUUACUAAAUAAAGUGAUAUUUCUGUCUCUCGUUCCGCCGCAGAGUGAAUCGUCAUCGUCUACCAUCGCCGCUGAAAACCGUCAUGACGAGACUCACGAUGUAGAACAGAGCAAGGAGAGAAUUCACAGCUGUUCACUGUGUGGAAAAAGUUUUACUAGAAAGGGUCAUCUUAAACAACACCACCUAAUCCACACAGGAGAAAAGCCACAUCGAUGCUCAGAGUGCGGGAAGACAUUUUCACAGCAAAGCAAUCUGAAAAACCACCAGCGCGUUCACACCCGAGAGAAGCCGUACGGAUGCACAGAGUGCGGGAAGAGUUUUACUCUGCAAAGUACCUUUAAAAACCAUCAGCGCAUUCACACAGGAGAGAAACCGUAUCACUGCUCGGAGUGCGGGAAGAGUUUUACGCUACAAAGUACAUUUAUCAACCACCAGCGCAUUCACUCCGGAGAGAAACCGUAUUACUGCUCACAGUGUGGGAAGAGUUUCACACGACACAGCACUUUCAAAUACCACCAGAGAGUCCACACGGGAGAGAAGCCGUAUCAAUGUGCACAGUGCGGGAAGAGUUUUACUCUACAAAGCAGCUUAAAAAACCACCAGCACGUUCAUAGUGGCAAGCUGCAUCAAUGUUCGCAGUGUGGAAAGAGUUUUUCACUAUACAGCACUUUAAAAACCCACCAAAUGAUCCAUACAGGGAAGAAGGCACAUCGGUGCUCGCAGUGUGGAAUGACUUUUAAAGAAUUAAAUCAUUUAAAAUCGCACCAACGCAUUCACACAGGAGAGAAGCCAUACCACUGCUCGCAGUGUUUGAAGACUUUUAGAAAAUUAACUCAUUUAAAAGCACACCAGCACGUUCACACGGGCAAGAAGCCACAUUGCUGCUCAGAGUGUGGGAAGAGUUUUAUAGAAUACAGAUCUUUUAAAAGGCACCAGCGCGCUCACGCAGAACAGAAGUGCUAUCACUGCUCGCUGUGUGGGACGAGCUUCACACACCACGCCGGAGCUAAACCUCAGUACUGCUCAGAGUGUGUGAAACGGUUUUGUGUUGGUGUAAUAAAAAAAUAAUCGUCUUUAUCCACACAGAAGAUGUACACUCAGUUCGUUACUCCUUUCUAUUCUAUUCUGUAUGUAUUUUAACUAUUUAUGAGUCAAAUUCCUAGGUGUAAAACACAUAAUGGGAAAGUAUUUUAACUGUAGGAGCAGUAGGAGAACCUGGGCAUGGGUAGCAGAGAAUCAAAGAAUCACAAGAGGCAAAGAAUCACAAAAAGUCUCAAAGCCAAGCAGAAACUGAUGUCCUCUGAUCAUAUACUCUACUGUAAAAACUUUGGAUUCAAGAACACACUCAUAAAAGAAAAUAAAUAUACAAUACAAACAAAAAUGGGAAAACUUCAAAACGAAACAUGGAAAACUGUGUCUUAAAAAAAUGACAAUCAUUAAUGGUAAUUUUAAAUACAAAAAUUAUAAGGCUGUGUUAAAAAAACACAAAAACAACGAUCUGACAGUUCUAGCAGUAGUUUGUUCUAUUGAAACUACAUGUACAUUAAUACAGGCUGUGAGUCCAUCAGGAAACACCAAUCCUGUCCAGCUGGGGCUUCUUUGGGAACUUCUUGAAAGCAAAAAUAAAAAUCUUUGCCGUGUG